AGUGGUAAAAUUACAGAUCCACUGAGUCUGUAUACGAGAAUGGGAAGGGAAAGAUCGGGACGUUUUCGUAUAAAUGCUGGCGGUGCUCGUCUUCGAGAUGCAGAUUCUAUCUUACCAAUUAGACUUGGACGAAGCCACAUCGCCAUGAAGUUUUUAAUCAUUAGCUUUGCUAUCAUUAGCUGCGCAUUCGCUCAGUACGGCGGUGGUUUUCGGCCGUUUCCAAAACCUGCUAUUACCCCAAAGCCAUACCCGAUUCCACAACCGCAGCCGCAAUUUCCACCCCAGUUCCAACCUCAGCAGCCUCAGUAUCAACCACAAAAUCAAUUCAGACCAAGUGGACCAAUAAUUCCAAUCCGUAGUCAAUCUCAAGAUUCAUCACCCGAUGGUUCAUAUCAAUUUAGUUACGAAACUGAUAACGGAAUAUCGGUGUCUGAAAGCGGAAGUCCUAAAGGUGUUGCCACUCCAGACGGACAAGCUGAAGUUGUCCAAGGACGUUACUCUUAUGUAGCACCUGAUGGCACGCCAAUAACAGUAGAGUAUUACGCCGACGAAACUGGAUUCCAUGCAACAGGUGCUCAUAUUCCGACUCCACCCCCAAUCCCAGAAGCAAUCCAGCGUGCAAUUGCUUCACUUCCACCCAGUAAUGAAGGCCAGUACCAAGAAGAGCAAUACAAUAAUCGCCAAUACAACCAAAAUCCUGGUGGACCUUUCCGAAGAUUCUAAUAAUUAACGUACUUAUAAUAAUUACUCCAAUAUACAUUUAAAGCACGAUCAACAAUAUGUAAAAAAAAAUCUCUUUCUUAGCAAAUUCGUAUAUUUAAAUUUUUGUGUCGUGCUCACCAAUUAACCUGUGAUUAAUUCUAUUAUAAAUAUAC